UUGUCUUCCAUCAUCAUCGGACUAGUUGGUGGAUCUGCAUUGUUAAGGAGACCUGGCUACAUUGCACAUUCAUCAACUCUAUCAAUUUUCCUCCUAAUUAAGUUAUGGAAGGAGAAAGAACUACGGAACCUGAAAUUGAUGAAUUCGAGAUGCUUCUUGGAGAAAUCCCUGCAACACUAGGGAAUGCGAACGAUGAACAUCCUAUUCCUGAUGAGAUUUUGUCGGUUCUGCAAACAAACUCAAUAGGGGAGAAGAACAAAUUGACAUCUCCUCCUUCGAGCAAAUUCAUUGACUUGUACAAUUAUGAUAUGUCGUAUGACCAAAAGCUUGAUAGUCUAAACAACGGGUAUGAUGCACGUGCAUUGAAUGGUGAACGAGAUCAGCCCAACUUGCGUGAUGAUAAAUCUCUGGUGUAUGCAUUUGAGGAAUUAAGCUUUAAGAAUAGGAUAUUACCAAAACCCACCAAUCCUUUGUUGGAGAACUAUGAUCAAACCUCCCCAGUUCAGUGUUCCUUCAACAAUUCAAGGACUCUCUUUGGUCUAGAUUCUUUAGAAAUGCCUCUUCCAUCAUUGCAUCAACCUGUGACUGGAAAUUAUACCGGAUACAAUGAUCUUGAACUGAAGAAGAAAAAACCUGAGAUCAUAUCGAAAGACUUGGGAGGCCAUCAGCAAAGAUUUCCAGUCUACAAUGGAGCUAUGCCCUUAUUAAAUCCGAGACUGCAAGCAUAUCAGCAGCAAUUCCUUUUGGAGGAAGAAAGGUAUCCUAGAUUAGAGCAACAACACUUACAUCAACAACAGCUCCACAAUCACAUUCACGGUGUACAGAAUAUGAAUUCAGCUAUUAACCCUUUAAUUGAAAGUGGAAUACAGUCCUACUAUGAGAUUCCUAGAGACCCAAAGUCAUAUUGGAACAAAGAUGUUACUCAUAGAGGAUACACACAGUUUGAUGUUUCUGCAAUGGGCGGUGGCCUUCAUCAAUACCAUCUUCAGAGUUCCUUUGGAAGAGUCGAGGGCUGUAAUUUUCCUCAUAGAUCCCAGCUAUACAGUGGCAGUGGUGAAGAUUUCUCUCAACAGGAAGUUUUGCUCAAAGUUGGGAAACAAUACUCUCCUGAAAAAAUUUUGACGAGAUCACAUGGGGUGAAUUCAUUGAGAGAUCUUAGAUCUUACUCUACAAUUAAUCAAUUGACACCUAAUUCAAUGUCAGUUCAGGUGAAAUUCAAUUCUCUGGAUGAAGUUACAGGGAGAAUCUACUCUUUGUCAAAAGACCAGCACGGUUGCCGAUUCUUGCAGAACAAGUUCACAGAAGGUAGUUUGGAAGAUAUUAAUAAGAUCUUUCUCGAAAUUAUUGGUCACAUUGUCGAGCUCAUGACGGAUCCUUUUGGGAACUAUUUAGUUCAGAAGUUGCUUGGUGUUUGUAAUGAGGAUCAAAGAAUGCAGAUAAUUGAUGCCAUUACCACAGAGGCGGGCUUGCUGAUCAAAAUCUCAUGUAAUAUGCACGGAACCCGAGCAGUGCAAAAAGUGAUUGAAACCCUCAAAACAACUGAGCAAGUUUGCACAGUAGUUUCCUCUUUGAAGCCUGGUAUAGUUUCAUUGGUAAAAGAUGUCAAUGGCAAUCAUGUUGCACAACGCUGCUUGCAGUACUUUUCUCCUCAGCAGACAGAGUUCCUCCUUGAUGCUGUGGUUUCUCACUGUGUUGAGAUUGCAACGGAUCGUCAAGGUUGCUGUGUGCUUCAAAAGUGCGUACAUUAUUCAUAUGGUGAUCAGAGAAAAAGGCUGAUUUCUGAGAUAACCUCUUAUUCCCUUGUUCUUUCUCAAGAUCCUUAUGGAAAUUAUGUAGUGCAAUAUGUACUUGAUCAGAAGGUCCCAUGGGUAAUCACUGCUGUAGUGGAUCAAUUAGAGGGGAAUUUUGGUUUUUUAUCAAUCCAGAAGCAUAGCAGCAACGUGGUGGAGAAAUGCUUAAACCUUGCAAAAGAGGAAGAUCGUAUUAAAAUCAUCAAGGAAUUAAUGAAUUCUCCCCUGUUCCUCCAAAUACUACAAGAUGCAUAUGGAAAUUAUGUCAUUCAAUCAGCUUUGAAGCUAUGCAAGGGGGCUCUUAAUGCUGCUCUUGUGGAGGCUAUCAAGCCUCAUGUGCCAGUACUACGGAGUCACCCAUAUGGAAAGAAAGUCAUCUUGUCGAGCAGCAACCUGAAGAAGUGACAUUGUGCACGAUUCAUUUUGUCAAGAUCUUUCCAACCUUGUAACUUACGUAUCAUUUAUGCGCUCAAGAGAGUUUUGAAGAAAAUUUUCGCUGAAGAAAGUAGAAUGCAUGUCGAUAGAGAAAGAAGAAAAAUAUGUACAUCUUUGUAUAAUAAAGGAUAUUGAGGAAAAGUGGAGUCUGUCUCUGUGUCGUGUAUUGCCAAUCACUGGUAUCUAUGUUUUGGUCCUUGGGUUAAAAUCCCUUUUGUAUACAUGUCUUUUGCUAAUGCCUUUAGGGCUUCCCUUCUGUGAACAUGGAAAACUUACUAUUAAAUAUGAAGUAUGUUUAGAUUA